AUGUCUACCAUGAAAGUGGACACUCCGUUUUUAAAGCCCGUCAGUGUAAAGUUGGCUUGUAUGGGAGCUUUUCGACGCUUUCGCUUCAGGGUUUUCAAAAAUUUCCCAGUUCCAUCAGUAGAAUCAUAUCUUUUUUUUCCAGUACGAUGAUACGAAAACAGCGGACAUGUUCGACAACUUCAUCAACAUUAUCAAAGUUCAGGCGAAAGAUGAAACGGCGAUGUUGGCCUGGAGAGGUGAGGAAAAGAAAAAGAAACCGAAAAAUUCGCGACUUGGAUGAGACAGAAAAAGAAAGGUGAAUAUAUUCAGAAUCGAGAACUACGUUUUCUUUCAAAAUAGUUUCAAGUCUUGAUUUUCCUGCGAGUCGAUUUUUGAAUUAUCAUUAUUCUCUCUAAUUUCCAUUUACUUUGGUUAAUCCCAAAAGUCUUAAAAUUUUCUCAAACCGAAAAUGAAAACCUUGAUGAUUUUCCGUUCAUUUGAAGAUCUUGUUGAUUUUUUUCAAAUAAAAAAAAACACGAUUUUUAUCAAUAAUUAACUUAGGUUCUUCCUUUUUUAACAGUUUUUUUCAGUUCAAAAAAGAUUCUUUGAUAAUUUUCCUUUGUAUGAGAUUAUGCUGACUUUUCGCACAGACAACGACGGCGAUACGAUUCUGAUCACCUGCGCCGAAGAUUUACAAGAAGCCGUGCACAAUUGUCAGCCGGGCGCCGACGGAAUCCCGAUGCUCCGUCUUUUCAGCUUCCCCGAGAAAGAGACCCAGAAAGAGACACAAGAAGAGGAAACGGAAGGCAAAACGUUGAAAAAUGUCAAAAGCGAACCGUGCGAAGCCCAGGAGAACUCCAAGGAAAAUACCCCUUUCGUCAUUAAGAGACGAUCCCAAAAGGUGAGAUUUUGGGGAAUUUCUCGUAUUUCAAAGCUUGCAGUUAAGAAAAAAACUUUUUUACAGUAUGGAUAACUUCUUUUUGAGAAAAUUUUUCAAAUUAAAAAAAAAUAGAACUUUCAACUUUUCGAUACAUUUUUUCUUUCAGGAUUCUCUCAAUUAGGUUUUAUCAAUGAAAUAAAUCCGAAUUGAAAAAAAAAAAAUUGAGCAUGUUCAAUUUUUUUUUUCGAAAAAAGCAAUUUUACUGUUUUAGAUCAUUUUAAAUACCAACCAAACGAAUGAAAUAGAUUUUCCGACGUUCUACUAAAAUUCCGAAAAGGUUCUUUUUUUCUCAAUUUUGAUUCAAUUCGUUUGGAAUUUCCUACUUUUAAUUCCAGGGAAGAUUAGGCAUAAAAUGACCUUAAUGAACAGUGGAAAACGGUUCUUCCUCUUGAGACUUUUAUAAUAUACGUCUGUCAUCCCUCAAAGUUCACAUUUAGGGUUUUUGAGAAUUCCCAACUCUUCGCAAUUGCCCUUUUCUUGAACAGAAACAAAGAAAAUGUCGUUCAGCGCUAUGCCCAUGAGAACAUCGUUUGUGACCUAUGCGCCUCGAAACUGAUGGGAACGCGAUUCCAUUGCGUCGUUUGCGAAAGCCUCGACAUUUGCGAGACCUGUGAGCGCAAAGGUUUGCCGAAAUGAAACAUUCGAACCGUAAGAAUCGUGGGAAAAUAGUUUAUCAUUUUUUCUCUCGUGCUGAUGGGGGUAGACCGAAAACGGGGUCUCAGCGGGUGACCCCGUAUCGAGCCCGUAUAAACGCAGCUGGUAGAACUUUUUCGCAUUUCGCCAAACCGUAGCUGGGCACCGUUUCAGCCCAGCUGGGUCUCAGACUUUUGAAAUAAACAGCUGGGGACACGUGCUUUUUCUUACAGCCGCUUUUUCUCCGUUUUAGCACAGCUGAGGCACAAAUGGCCUCAAAAAAAAGGGGUACAUCCGUUGAGACACCUGGCCAGAAUGAGAGCCCAAUGGGUGUACGGUGCCAUUCGCGCGAGAUGGUCACGUUCUGAAAGAACAACAGAUUGCAAAUGACCGUAAACGCAACUUUUUCUGCACUUUUGCUCUAAGUACUGCAAAAAAAAAGAAAAAAAAGGUUCUUACACAAGAGUGGGUCUAAUUUGACCCAUACGAUCUUUUUGGAAGAAAAAAAGUAUGACAAGCUGGCGCGGAAUAAUAUAUAAAAACUCUGAAAAAUUAAAAAAUAAUCUCGAAAAAGCCUGACUGAGGUCUUUACAGGGGAGCACAAAGAGCACGCGAUGAUUCGAUUCGUCAAUUCAAAUACCUACCUUCCGGCUGCCCUCAAACAAUUCUUACCAAAAUAA